GAAAGGCAGUGUUGAUUUUUCGUUCUUUGUGAAAGUUGGUUGGCGGUGUGUUCGGGAUUGGGAGGGGGUUCUCGCCCCUUUGGACGGGGAGCCGGAGGCGGAUUAUUCUCUGUGGGGCAACACCAACAAUUUUCCUUCGUUCAACCUGCGGUGAAAGGUCUAUUGGAAGAAAUACCCCAACUGGAAGCAAACCACAGCUGAAGACGGGAACAGCAACAAGUGAACCAGCCCGAGGACUGAGAGCAUCAACUAGAGAGAACGCUCCUGACUCAGAGUUUCCAUUGAUUCAGUCAGGAGAAAGUUUGGUUAAAAAUGACAAGGAAUUUGUCUAUGGGAAUGUCUAACACAACACACAUGUUUUGCUGUCUCUUUUGAUAUUUAAGAAGUGGAGCAAGGGAUUCACUCGAUUAUCCUUCCUGCUCAGACUGUGGCGAGGGAUUUACUCGGUCAUUUCAAUUGAAGGUACAUCAGCAAGUUCACACCGGGACAAGGCCAUUCACCUGUUCUAUUUGUGAGAAAGGAUUCAGUCGUCUUCCCACCUGUGGACACACUAGUCAGAUCACACUGGGCAGAAGCUCUUCAUCUGCUGAAUUUGUGGGGAAAGAUUCAUUUUGUCAUCUAACCUAAUGGCUCACCAGCGAGUUCACACCAGAGAGCGGCCAUUCACCUGCUCAGACUGUGGGAAGAGAUUCACUCAGUCAUCCCAACUGAAGGCACAUCAGAGAGUUCACACUGGAGAGAGACCAUUCACUUGCUCAGAAUGUGGGAAGGGAUUCACUCAGUCAUCCGACCUACUCACACACCAGUCAGUUCACACUGGCGAAAGGCCAUUCACCUGCUCAGACUGUGGGAAGGGAUUCACUCAGUCGUCCGCCCUAAUGGCACACCAACGAGUUCACACUGGGGAGCGGCCGUUCACCUGCUCGAACUGUGGGAAGAGAUUCACUCGGUCAUCCCAACUGAAGGUACAUCAGCGAAUUCACACCGGGGAGAGGCCACUCACUUGCUCAGACUGUGGGAAGGGAUUCACUCGGUCAUCUAACCUAAUGGCACACCAGCAAAUUCACACCGGGGAGAGGCCGUUCACCUGUUCAGACUGUGGGAAGGGAUUCACCUGCUCAUCCCAACUGAAGGUGCAUCAGCGAGUUCACACUGGGGAGAGGCCGUUCACCUGCUCAGAAUGUGGGAAGAGAUUCACUUGGUCAUCCCAAAUGAAGGUACAUCAGAGAGUUCACACUGGAGAGAGGCCGUUCAUCUGCUCGGACUGUGGGAAGGGAUUCAUUUGCUCAUCCCAGCUGAAGGUACACCAGUCAGUUCACACUGGGGAGAGGCUGUACACUUGCUCAGUCUGUGGGAAGGGAUUCACCCGGUCAUCUCAGUUACUGAGACACCAGUCAGUUCACACUGGGGAGUGGCUGUUCACCUGCUCAGACUGUGGGAAGGGAUUCACUGAAUCAUCUCAACUGAAGGUACAUCAGAGAGUUCACACUGUAGAGAGGCCAUUCACCUGCUCAGACUGUGGGAAGGGAUUCACUCGGUCAUCCGACCUACUGGCACACCAGCGAAUUCACACCGGGGAGCGGCCAUUCACCUGCUCAGACUGUGGGAAGGGAUUCACUCGGUCAUCUAAGCUGAAGGUACAUCAGCGAUCUGGGAAAGGAUUCACUCUGUCAUCUGACCUAAUGGCUCACCAGCGUGUUCACAUUGGGGAGAAGCCAUUCACCUGCCCAGUCUGUGGGAAGGGAUUCACUCAGCCAUCCACCCUACAGAGUCACCAGCGAGUUCACACUGGAGAGAGGCCUUUCACCUGCGCAGAAUGUGGGAAGGGAUUCACUAAGUCAUCCACCUUACUGGUACAUCAGCGAGUUCACACUGGGGAGAAGCCAUUCAGCUGCUCAGUCUGUGGGAAGAGAUUCACUCAGUCAUCCCACCUACAGAGUCAUCAGCGAGUUUACACCGGGGAGGGGCCGUUCACCUGCUCAGAAUGUGGGAAGAGAUUCACUUAUUCAUCCACCCUACAGAGUCAUCAGCGAGUUCACACUGGGGAGAAGCCGUUCACCUGCUCAGAAUGUGGGAAGAGAUUCACUUAUUCAUCCACCCUACAGAGUCAUCAGCGAGUUCACACUGGGGAAAAGCCGUUCACCUGCUCAGUCUGUGGGAAGGGAUUCACUCAGUCAACCCACUUACAGAGACACCAGCGAGUUCACACUGGGGAGAAGCCGUUUACCUGCUCAGAAUGUGGGAAAAGAUUCACUGAUUCAUCCGCACUACAGAAGCAUCAGCGAUUUCACACUGGGGAGAAACCGUUCACCUGCUCAGAAUGUGGGAAGAGAUUCACUGAUUCAUCCACCCUACGGAAGCAUCAGCGAGUUCACACUGGGGAGAAGCCGUUUACCUGCUUAGAAUGUGGGAAGAGAUUCACUCAGUUAUUCAAUCUACAGAGACAUCAUCGAGUUCACACUGGGGAGAAGCCUUUCACAUGCUCAGUCUGUGGGAAGAGAUUCACUGAUCUAUCCACCCUACUGAGGCAUCAGCGAGUUCACACUGGAGAGAGGCCGUUCACCUGCUCAGAGUGUGGGAAGGGAUUCACUCGGUCAUCCCACCUACUGGCACACCAGCAAGUUCACAUUGGGGAGAAGCCGUUCACCUGCUCAGUCUGUGGGAAGGGAUUUACUCAGUCAUCCAAUCUACAGAGACAUCAUCGAGUUCAUACUGGGGAGAAGCCGUUCAUCUGCACAGUCUGUGGGAAGCGAUUCACUGAUCCAUCCACCCUACUGAGUCAUCAGCGAGUUCACACUGGGGAGAAGCCGUUCAUCUGCUCAGAAUGUGGGAAGAGAUUCACUGAUUCAUCCACCCUACGGAAUCAUCAGCGAGUUCACACUGGGGAGAAGCCAUUCACCUGCUCAGUCUGUGGGAAGGGAUUCACUCAGUCAUCCCACCUACAGAGACACCAGCGAGUUCACACUGGGGAGAAGCCGUUCACCUGCUCAGAAUGUGGGAAGAGAUUCACUGAUUCAUCCGCCCUACUUUGUCAUCAGCGAGUUCACACUGGGGAGAAGCCGUUCACCUGCUCAGAAUGUGGGAAGAGAUUCACUGAUACAUCCACCCUACGGAAGCAUCAGCGAAUUCACACUGGGGAGAAGCCGUUUAACUGUUCAGAAUGUGGGAAGAGAUUCACUCAGUUAUCCAAUCUACAGAGACAUCAUCGAGUUCACACUGGGGAGAAGCCGUUCACGUGCUCAGUCUGUGGGAAGAGAUUCACUGAUCUAUCCACCCUACUGAGUUAUCAGCGAGUUCACACUGGAGAGAGGCCGUUCACCUGCUCAGAGUGUGGGAAGGGAUUCACUCAGUCAUCCCAACUACUGGAACACGUCAAUUCAUAGUGGGGAGUGGCCGUUGUUAUGAAUCCCUAGGUUUCGUUUGCUGUGGACUGUCAUUUUAAGAGACAGAAAUUAAGAAGUCUGACUUGCAGCUUGUUUACAUCGCUCGCAGCUUGUUUCGUUUUAACCGAGGACACAGACACUCAGAGUCAGACGGAGACGGAUGAAAAAUGAAAGGAUUGAAACCAGGGAAAUAGUGGCCAAAGGUCACUGUUUAGAACAUUCCUAUGCCCACAAGGGUGGGUUAAUUAUCCAUUCGCCGUACAUCGAAUGUGUGGUUGUCACCUCAUUUAACCCAUAGGAGUGGAUCUGAUUUGGGAUAUCCUGUUUAGACCACUUAUGUGUUAACCCUUGCCUGUGUGUGAUGUGGUCAUUCAUUUGAAGAUGAUACCCCUCAUGACAAGUCACAUUCGGUGAUAAUUCGUAUGUAGAUUUGUAAAGAUGAUGGAUAAAAUCUACAGCAACUGUUCUCUCAUUUUAACACUGUGGAACCUGCAGAACAGACAGACAGACAGACGUACUUUAUUGAUCCUGAGGAAAAUUGGGUUUCGAUACAGCCGCACCAUCCAAGACUUGCAGUGAGAGAUUUAUUGGAAGAAAAACCACGACUGAAGAUGAGGGAACAGCAACAAGUGAACCAGCCCGAGGAUUGAGAGCAUCAACUAGAGAGAACCCAUCUGACUCGGAGAUUCCAGUGAUUCAGUCAGGAGAAAGUUUGGUUAGAAAAUGACAAGGAAUUUGUCUACAGGAAUCUCAAACAGAACAUACCAGUUUUGCUGUCUCUAUCCAGAUAUUUAAGAAGUGGAGCAAGGGAUUCAAUCGAUCAUCCUUCCUGCUCAGACUGUGGGGAGGGAUUCACUCGGUCAUCCUUCCUGCUCAGACUGUCGGGAGGGAUUCACUCAAUCAUCUGACCAACUGGCAUGCCCGUCAUUUUGCACAGGGUAGAUGCCAUUCAUCUGCUCAGACAGUGGGAAUGGAUUCAUGCGGACAUUUCAACUGAAGGUGCAUCAGCAAGUUCACACUAGGACAAGGCCAUUCACCUAUUCUGUGUGUGAGAAGGGAUUUAGUCAGUGUACCCACCUGUGGACACACCAGUCAGUUCACACUGGGCAGAAGUUGCUCAUCUGUUGAAUUUGUGGGGAAAGAUUCACUCGAUCAUC